CUGUCCAAAGAGCGGCGCUUCUGCGAGAGUUUCAACAGAGCAGCGACGAUCCCCGCGCGACAGGUUUGAGGACACCGGAUAUUUAUUCACCUGUGGGACGGUUUUACCUGGUCGCAUGACGCCGCGUCACAGUUUCGGAGGACUUGAGCUAUCAAUUCAAUUCAGAAGAGAAUUCUGACUCUAGAUUGUAAACCAACUCUGAAGGAAGGCGCUGAAUACAGCGACGCACUUACCAUAUUAAGUUUCUGCGCUCGUUCAUUAAAGGAAACCAGAGGAACCACACAGCAGUUUUUAUCUCCAUCUGACUAACCUUUUUUUUUCUUAUUUUUGCGACUCUGAGCUGACUGAGUUUAACAAGCGAAAAAAAGGACAAAUUAUUAUAGGUGGACUGUCCACCCUUCCUUCCGAUGAAGAUGUCAGGGCUGUUUAGCGCACUCAUUCUCCUAAUUAUUCAAGGAGCGUUGGCUCAGCGCGUGAAGGUGGAGCCAGAAGUCGUGUCAUAUCCUGGUCAGACAGUGACACUGCGUUGCCAGUUUCCAAACCCAGGCGAAACCCAGCUCACUCAGGUGUCAUGGAUCUUUGAACGGACUGACAUGGAGCGAACCAACAUUGCAGUUUUCCAUCCAGGCUUUGGUGUAAAUUACCCAACAACAUCCCCUCUAGUAGGACGUGUCAGCUUUAUAUCAGUUCCACCCUCUUUGGACAACCCAUCCAUUCAGAUCAAAGAUGUGAAGAUGACCGAUGAGGGCCGAUAUAUCUGUGAAUAUGCCACCUACCCAUCUGGCAACGAACAGGGCGUCUCUUCUCUGGUCAUGCUGGCUAAACCAAUGAACACCGCUACAACUGUCAAAGUUACUGCCGGCAAAACCCCAGUCAUCGUGGCAAGCUGUGAAUCAUCCAAUGGCCGUCCAGCAGCGACCAUUUCUUGGUCCACACCACUUAACGGAAACGUGACGACGCCGAGAACAACGAAUAAUCCGAACAAUACGGUCAGCGUCCAGAGCUCCUACAUGCUGGCUCCGCAACCGUCGGAUAAUGGCAAAGACAUCAGCUGCGUGGUGUCACACCGCACCAUGUCCCAGCCCGAGAUCUUCCCGAUGAAACUUAAUGUUGAAUAUCCUCCCCAGGUGCAGAUCAAAGGGUAUGAUGAUAACUGGUACAAGGGUCGGACAAAUGCAUUUUUGAUCUGUCAGGCAGAUGGAAACCCUGCCCCGACCACCUUCACCUGGAAAACUUUGUCUGGUCUGAUGCCUGAAACGGUGCAGGUGCAGGAAAACCGUCUCGCUGUGCAGAAAGUGGAUGACACCAUCAACACCACCUUCAUCUGUGAGGUCAGAAACAGUUUGGGAUCCGGCAGAGAUCAGGUCGCCGUCUUCGUGAGGGAAUUUCCUCGGCCAAAGGGUGUCCCUACUGGAGGAGUUAUUGCUGGUAUUCUUUGUGUGAUCAUCCUGGUAGCCUUAAUUGCAACUAUCAUAGUGAUAGUCCGCAAACGGCAGAGGAAAAACUCAGACGGUCCACCCACUCACAAACCUCCUCCUCCCAUGAAGACGCAUUCCUAUUCAGACAGACCGAGCAGCAGAGCAUCUCUGUCUGAAUCUCAGUUCAUGUAUCACGAGGAACCAAUGACAGAUCUCUCAGCAUACCAUGAUGACAAGGAUCAUCAUGAGCCUUCACCUUUCUCCAAACAGACUCCUGAGAAGGAUGACAGAGACGAGGACGGACUGAUGGGAGAUGUAGACGGCUACUACGUCACUUCUUCUGCGAGCAGAGGGAGCAGCUUCAUGUCACCAGCUGUGAUAGUGUAGGGAUCAAACUGAGCCGUAGGUUUUUAUACUGUAAUCUGAGUCUGAUUGUACUGUUUUAUAUUGAAUGCUUGUAAUAUGAAGUAUGGGUGUGAUUGCAAACGCUUUGUUUCACCCAAACACUGUAAGGGAUCUGUUCUACGGCACCCCGUUUUAUAAUUACCUCAGCUAUAUCUUUGCACAUUUAGAUGUACUUGUGUAUAUCCACCUUUAUUCUUCUUUCUGUGUCUGAUGAAGGGUUAUAUUUUAGUUUAUGGGUGUGUAGUAUAAUAUGGCAAAAAGGACAUAAUGAGCCAGUGAUCAACAUACAUUUUCAAAGCAUUAUUUUGGUUAUUUUUAGUGAUGCUAUUCAUUGCUGCACUGUGAAAUUUUAAACACUUUUUAUUUACUUUAUUACAAGAUUUAAUUUUGUAUUGAAUUCUUUUUUUUAUUUUAUUUUUUAUUUUAGUAAACUGCACUAGAUUUCUAAUCAUAUGCACCCUUUUGACUUUUUAAUUGUAUAUUAUUUAAUUGAUUUCCUUUUUCUUUUGGCAUAUAAUCUUUGUGGGAUUGUUUUUCAGUGUACUUCUAUAAUUCAAUAAACUGGGUGAAUUGGUCUUUGGGCAUU